GUUCACUGUACGCGAGUGCGCGCAUUGUGUGUGAGCGAACUGCCGGCGAGCUUAAAAAUAUUAUCGAGCGGCGGGAAUGUCUGGCAGGUCAGUGCGCGCGGAGACCCGGAGCAGAGCCAAAGAUGACGUCAAACGCGUUAUGGCGGCUAUUGACAAAGUACGAAAAUGGGAGAAGAAAUGGGUGACGGUCGGGGACACAUCACUGCGUAUCUUCAAAUGGGUCCCGGUGGCUGAAUCAAAAGCAGAUGACAAGAAUAAGAAGAAGAAGGGUAGAGAGGAGAAAUACGGAUCGGAGGCGACGACUCCGGAGAACAGUUCGUCUCCGGGAAUGAUGGACAUGCAGGAUGAGAACAGCAAUCAGAGCUCGAUAGCCGACUCCUCUCCUGUGAAGAUGGAGACCAGCUGUAGCACGAGCCCGACACCAGAGGUCACUGCGGCUUUACACACUGAUGAAAAGUGCAAUUCUCACACUGAUGAAAAGGCUGAGCAGCCUCCAGCCCUCGACAAAGAAAAUUGUAAAUCCACCGCUUCGGUGACGUCAGCAAGCAAAAAACUUCCGCAGUUAUCAGGGGAGAAGGACUCUCAUUUAGACGCCUCUAAAAACACUCAGGAAAGUGAAGAUGGUUCUCCACCCACUAAGAAAAGCAAAGUGGAAUCGUCUUCUCAGGAAUCAGAUAAAUAAAUAAGCUGACCAGUCUGCUCUCACACAUCACUGUCGCAACCAAUGAGGAAAACUUCCUUAACUCAACCAACCAUUCUUCAUCUUCACUGUUCACACACCGAUUGCCAAGUAGAGCUUCACCUUGUUCUUCUUCUUACCUCUUAAAGUUUGUGAAGCGGGGUGUGAAGACGUCACUGUGCCGGUGAACUGAUGCCCAAACACUGACCUGAUCCUGUGAGACGCGUACAGACUCCCUCCUGUACAAUAUACAGCAUUCCUUUAACAGUGAAUGAGAAACGUUGAAUUUCCUGCUGUGGUUUUCUUUUGUUAUUACAUUUAUGACUUUACUAGUAGUCUUUUUGCAACUUUCGCCAAUCACAAAGGUUGUCGUGCUGGGGCCCGUUUCAAUAAGGAGGUUCAACCAACACCGAGUUAAAAUGUGAACUCUUGAGUUUAUUUACACCGAGAUGCGAAGCUUUGUUUUUGGUUUCAGAAAAACUGAUUUGAGCAAGUUAUUUUAACUCUGGGUAGGCUGACCUUGAGUUUAGCGCGUGCACCAUGACUACGACAAGCCGUGAACAAUGGAGCUCCGAUAUUACGAAAACGCAACAUGGCGGCGGAAACAUACAGCUCUGCAUGCAGUGGAUUUACUAAUGUACUGAAAAUGACUUGAGUUUCAAUUAAGAAAUAGAUAAAUGUACCAAUAAACAAAUUAAUCAGUAAAUGAAUGAUAAAACAGAAAUAAUAAAACAAUAUUUGUAUGUUCUCACUCUCCAUCAGUGCUCUAGUUGUAAGCGUGAGACUCCGUGGUGUAUAAGACAUCUGUAGGGCGUCAGACUCAGAUUUGAGUAGGAAUGGCUGCACGUCUAAACAAAUUGUUUAUUUCCUUUAUCGCUUCAUUUCCGCAUGUAUGUCUGUAUUUAUUAAUUUCUUUAUUUGUGCACUUUAUUUACACAAGUAAUUUCUCAUCGUCCAUAGAAAAAAUGCUCUGAUAUAAUACACGCACGAUGGCUGAUGUUAUUGAUGAAUUGAUGGAUAUGUUUUGAUAUAUCUAAUUCACUGUAAAGAAAAAUGGUAGUUUUAAUAAAGAUAAAAAUGCGCAGGAAAAUGAUAAAUUCAGCUGGGAAAUCCUGAAAUCAAAGUGCAUCCCUAUGAAUAAAUGCAGCCUCUUCACAUGCAGGAUCCUCUAUAAAAGCCCAUAUGACAUGUUAGUCACUGAGAAGGCGUGAUCAAAAUGUGUGCCAUCAAUGACACCACUUGUGCUUUAAAAAGGGGGAGGAGAUCCCAAGAAACUCUGGGGUUCCAAAGAAAACCAGCUCCCGACCAGGUUAGGUUCACAGAGUAAGUUACUAUGGUUACUGACCCUGAGUAUAAGUUACCCCUCUUUUAGAAAUGGGCUUGAGUUACCCCGCUUUCUCGGGUUUGACAUACCUCGCAUUCUGAAACGGAAAACUCAGAGUUUCCCUCAUUUCAUGGUUAAUAUACUGAGUUUUCACUAAACCUCCUUUCUGAAAUGGGCCGCAGUUAUAGUGAGGGUGCUUAGUAUGGAAAAAAGAUUUUCUGAUGGGUUUUUUAUGUCGCUUUAGUUGUUUCUGAUCUGACAAACGCUUUGUUACACAUCAAGUUAUAAAUGUAGAAAAUAUACCUCAUCUCCAAACCGACUUGUGCUGGAAAAAAAUUCUUUACCGAUAGAAGAUAAGGUCAUUUUCAAAUAAGCCCAUUCUGGCUAAUGUAGCAAUGUUAAAGGAACUCCCAACAAUGGUUUACUGUUUAUUAUUUAAAUCAAAAACAUUUGGGACCUGGAUAUUUUCUUGAAAUUGUUCAUUUGGUUUUAUUUAUUCCAUCACUACUGCUUGUUUGUUUUAAGCUCAUUCAAGUUGUUUUAAUAAAAAAAUUAAAAUAUAAA